GACUGAGAGCAACAGCAGAAAUCUUCUCGCAACUAUGUGACUCCUUCACUUUUGGAGACACUGUGUUCAGACGUUCAGGCGUUCCUGCAAGGCCAGCAACGAUCAUUACCAGCCCUAGAAGGGAACAAAUCGAGCUCAAUUUAGAAAGCCGACAUGGCCUGGCAAACAACUGGCGCAAUUCUUCUUAUGGUCUUGGUGAUCCCUUCUGCAGAGGCAGCAUUGGACCUGUAUGACCCCAGGAUCUGUUACGUGCUUGAUGGCUUUCUCAUGUUCUACGGCGUCGCAAUUACAGCCCUCCUGAUUCGAGAGAAGUGUUUCAGGCCAAAGACCCCCGAAGGACAAGAUGACCCGACGUACCAAACCCUAGGGCAGAAAGGUGAUAAUAGUUAUGGAGAAAUACAACGUAAAGAUGUGGAGAGUGGGCAGAACCGAACACGUAAGCAGCAAACUGACGACAGCACCUACUCGGGCUUGGUGAACCGCACAGAGGACCCUUACGGGAAGAUCCAUGCGCAGAAAGAACGUCGACGUCAGAGAGAUGACCAGGUGUACCAGGGCUUGAGCACGGGCACUAAAGACACGUAUGACAGCCUGCACAUGCAGCCACGCCACAAACCCUCGCACUAAGAUGAGCAGCUCAACUGAUAUGAGAUUCUGUGUUUCCCUUCAUUCAAUAUACCAAACCAAUGACUUACCCACUGGUGCUUCAGUUUGCCCCCUCACUUCAAUUCUCAAGUCUCUCGUCGUACAUACUAGUGGCUAGUUCACAAAUGAAACUCUUGUUCUAAUUUGAAACAAAAACUAACCAACAAAAAAACUAAUUACAGUAGCUUCUCAGUGCCUGCAGAACCUGCAGAAAGGCGACCACAAAGAAGCGAACUAAAUCUAAAUCUAAAUCCACAUGUAAUCCAUUUCAUUCUGUUUCGAGGGUUUCAAACAAGCAUACAUGCUACUUUGGGAUGGGUCUGUGGCCUUGAAGCAUACAUGCUACUUUGGGAUGGGUCUGUGGCCUUGACACGGGUUAUGUAGGACUCAUAUCUGACAGUUCCUGAGAAGCGACAAAGCUUUACUGAAGAAUUUAGAACUAUGGAAACAAUCCCAUACAUAUACAAUAGACAAGUUCAAAAUAAUGGACGAUCACUUUGCUUGUUUAAUGGCAACUCACAGUCAUGUUAAAAGAUGCUUAUUGCUUAUUUGCUUAAUGCUUAUUACAGUUAGUUUGGUCAGUUAGUUUUGUCAGUUGCCAUACAGAAAAAUGUGGGUUAACUGCACUCAAAUGUAGCUGACAGAGUUGAUCUUGAAAUUAACUUACCAGUAGGCUAGUCAUCUUAUCUUUGAAAUAAUGAAGUAUGCAGGUGAACAUACUCAUUUAUUCCAUAAUGUCUGAUAUUGUAAACCUCUACAGAGCCUCCUUCACUGCCAGUGCUGAACCAAUAGGGAGCCGUGCCACUCAUGUUGUAUGAGGCCAUAAUUGGAGCAGUAGAUUCAGAUGUUGUGUCAACAAUUUGUUUUUGUAAUACAACGGUUUGAAAUCUCACAGAGUAGGCCACACAACAUGUUAUUGUUAUUGUUGAUUCAAAGAGUAUAAUUUUCAGUGGAUGUGAUCAUUCUCAAUUGUUCAGACAUUUUGAGCGUUUGAAAAGCAUACUUGAUAUCUGUGGAUUAAAUGACCUGGUGUUCAAGUAGCCCAUAGCGUAGCAUCAUCUCUAAAAGAAAUACUCCUCCGCUUUACGGGGCAAAAAGGGCAAAAACCUCCAGGCAAUUUUUGGAACAAGACUGUACUUAAGUUUUUGUUUUCUGCGUAUGCCUAAUGAAAAUGUAAUUAAUGUUAAUGUUUAUGUAAAGGCUGGACUAUCUAGCUGGCACACACACUAAAUGAAAAGGAUGACCUGCUGAGAAGAAAUAGCUGGCUACAGCUAGCAUGGUUUAAUUAACAGACAGAUCCAUAAUUUAACAUUAUAUGUAUUGUGUGCAUUCACACCAUUGGCAAUCCAAUAGCUUCACAGAUGUAGCUAGUACAAUAAAAAGUGAAGGAGUUGAAUCUAAUAUAAUAGUAUAAUAGUAAUCAUUGAAUAUAUCUAGUAUCCACUGAGCAGAAUAGGUUAAGUACCUUUGGCCAAUGCAUCACAGUCACAAAACAAAACAGGACACAAAAUAUAUUUUGUAUUAAGGAAAGGGGAUGAAAACCCCCCCCAUCCAACCUCUCUGGGCAGCCAACCACUGUCACCAUUUAUUCACAGUUCAGUGUUUUUCAGUCAGGAUAGUAAAGGGACAUUAUGCAGGCUUUUAUCUUUUUUGUGUGUUUUUGUAAGUAACUUGGUUUUAUAACAUCCUAAAAUUCAUCUUGGUGGCAUAUGGUCAUGUGAAGUACAGAUGUGUUCAACCCAUGUUGUUCCAGCUAGUCAUCCACUAUAUUCAAUAAAUAGGUUUGUAUUCUGGGUUGUAAAUUCCACAAACAGCUUACACAGCUUUGUAGUUAGAGGUGUCAACUUUGAUGUCAGCAAGUAUAUUGCUGAAAUAUAUCUUUAAGUGAAGCCUAAAUUUCAUGUAAACCCUGCGCAAGUAUUGUCUUAACUCGAGGCUUUUCUUUUCUGGGACUGAUGUAAUACCUUAAGUUGUGUGUAUUGUGUUGGAAAAAUCUGGUCCCUUGUUUUUACCUUAAUAAUUAAACCUUCAGCUGAAUAAAAGCUUAACCAUGAAA